AACAGAAAUCGAAAAGAUAGAUUCCGAGAAAGACACAAGAGACAAAAUUAAAAAUAUUGUACAUAUUGAAUUGAAUAAUAAUACAAUACAAUAUAAAAAUAUUUCAAAAUUAGUUAAUACGUGGAGGAGCAUUUAUAUUAAUGUGCGUCUAGAGAAUUGUGCAAGUAGAAAAGAUCACUCAUAAAAAAAGUUAAAAAACAUUGCAAAACGUACUUAAAUUUCAAACUCUGAAUUAGUGAUACCAAACUUAACCACAAGCCUUGCAUUCGAAACAAUAAAAAAAAACUGCAACAAAAGAAGACUGAUUUCAUAAAUUAUUUACGAACAAAAUGGAUGCCACCAAAUCAUUAAUUGCCGAAAAAUAUCAAAAAUUAUGCAAUGUUAUGGAACGGGAAACUCUGGGUACAGAAGUUCUAAUAUACGGCACAUCGGGUUUAAUGCUGUUGGUAGCCUAUGCCAAACGCAAACCCGCCUAUUUAGUACGUCCCUUCAAGAAGCCCUCCCACAUACCAGAUCGUCUAAUCAAUGAGCGUGUCAUGCACACCGGUCUCGUAAGGGAUAUACAGCAAAAGGGACCAGAUACUCUACUGCUCAUCAGCCACCGCCCAUUAAUACCAUUCUUUAUGAGCAGCAAACGUUUAUUGCCCAUUAAGUUACCGGGCAUUAAGGUAAAUGGCAAUGGAGUUUCUUGGCUGCAAAAUUGUUUGGUUGGACGUGAGGCCACCUUUAUACCGCUAAACAAUCGUGCAUCCGAUAAAUAUGUUGUAUCGCAACUGUGUUUGGUGCAUCCACCCAAAGGCAAUCGUUUAUUGGACAUUUCUGAGACUUUGCUAAAAUUGCGAUUUGCCCGUUUUGCCGAAGAUGCCAAUGGUAGUGUCAAGAGAAAUGCCAAGUACUAUAAACAUUUGGCAAAUGUGGAAGCAACCACGCAAUCGCGAGAAGCUAUGCUGGUCAAAGUUUCUCAUUAUCCUUGGAUUUGGAAAGCAUUGUACGACUUUAAGGCCUCCAUAUUGCCCAAAGAAAAAUUAUUACCCGAAUUAGUUCGUUAAGUUUACAAAUUGACAAAUUGAUGAUGAAAAAAACUAACAACAAAUCUUAACAAUGUUCUGCAUUUCGAUUUGUUUUGUAUACUUUUUUUAUUGAUCCGAAUAUAUGAACAAAGCUAUUGUACUUUUCGACAAACACCACAGUGAAAAACUUUCAGUCUGAUAAACCACCCGAUAUUAAUUAAAGCCUACUAAAUUAUUUAUAAUUUUAAAUUCAUAAAUAUGCGGAAGGAAGUCAAAUACAUAAUUAGGAUAUGCUAGUGUAUACCUAUAAUGGUUUAUAAUGUGUAUAAUGGAUUUUGCUUAACAAAAGUAAUAAUACUUUUACUUUUGAGACAGUUUUUAAUUAUUUUUUUUUAAUAUACAAUUUGAAUAGCUAUGAAUAUUUAUUAACUUUAGUACUUUUGACUGAUUUGUUUUGCUAGUUAUUUUGAAUCGUUGAUUUAAAAAAUGUUCUUUUAAGAAAUCAAAUAUUUUCGAUAUUAAAAUAAUAAGGGCAUUUGUAAAUGAUUAUAUUUGCUUUAGUAAAAAGUUAAACUUUUUCUGACUUUUAAUAGUAAAUAGAACAACAAAAAAAUCACAGGACUUUAGAUUUUGUUCAUUUUAAAACACAUCGAAAUGCAGAGCCUUCAUAUUAUAUUUAACAAAUGAUUAGAAUAACACAAACAAUUUAUAAACAUUUUCAAUUAAAUUGUUUACAAUUUACAAUAUUAUUUGUAAUAUUUUUUUUUUUUAAAUGACAACAAAUUUUUUGUACCUAUACAAAUUAACUAUUUUUUAGUAAAAGAUUUAGAAACACUCCUGCUUAUUUUAUUUAUCGAGAACUUAAAUGCCUUUAAAAAUAUUAAAAUAUUUAUGUUUAUACAUUAAAUGUAAAAAAUUAAUUUCAGUUGUUCAUCUAAAAAAUAAAACAAGAUGAGUUGUGGCAUGGGAAUGGUGAAA